CGACUGGAGUGAAUGAAGAGCUGCCUUUUGCUCGCAUUUCCUUUGAUUUCUGUCAUGUUUUAUGAUACUAAACGCGAGUAUUUGACCUGACUGAAGACUUAUAAACAAUCUGUGCUGCAGAUCUCUGUAAAUAUUUCGCAGUGGAGCUUUAAAAUCAGAAGAAACACGGCUGCUAUCGAUCACCAAUAAAUAUGAUGGAGGAUUUCUCUGGUUUGGCCCUGCCUCCUCUGUUUGGAGGACACAUCCUGGAGGCAGAGCUGGAGCCAGGCGGUGUGGAGCUGGGACCUGGAGAGGUGGAGCUGGGACCAGGAGGCAACGAGCUGCUGGAGAGUACAGCGCAGGAGGAUGAAGAAAGAAGAGUUCUCGAUAAGAGGAAAUAUCUCGCUCUGAGCAGAAGAUGCAAAGAGAUUGAACAGGUGAAUCAGAAGAUCCUCGGUCGCCUUCACCAAGUACAAAGAAUUACACGACGCUUAAAGAAAGAGAGACGGUUCCUCAUGAAAACUCUUGAUGCACAUGGGGACGACUACAGAAAUGCCCAGCUCACCAUCCUGCUUGAGGAUGAGCCUGGAUCCCAUUUAGAUCCAGCUGCUGGAGUGGAGGACGACCGGCUCAACGGCGUAUCUGGUUCCACCUCGUCUGCAGCUUUGCAUCAUGCUGCUGGGCCAAAGAAGAGGAGGCAUCGAAUACCAAGGCAAGAAAAGGAUAAAGACCAACAGACUGAACCAGACAUGUCAGUGUUGGCAGAGACGCAGUUUGGAGAAAUGCCCAGUCCGACCUCUCUGUCUCACUGACCGUUGCUCGUCCAUGGAUAUGAUGAAAUAUAAAGGAGUACCCUGUUGCUUUAACUGUUGAGUGAACAUGCUGCCUCUGUUCAGCCGGGGUUUGCACUGAAUGAAGUUUUACUCAAUCAAUGUGACCACAUUGAAUUGAUGUGAAAUCAGAUAGUACUUACGUGGUACAUACAUACAUAUAUUUUGUAUAUAUUCUGCUGUUUUGAUAUUUUGUACUGAGAGUUGAUGACAUCACAUAAUUAUGAUAAGUAGCGAACUGUGACAACUUUGUUUGAUGAAGAAUUGGCAACCCAGAUACAAUUACAGCAUAUUGGCAAACUUGUGUCAUGAACAGCUUUCUUCACAAUACAUUCCUGGAUAUUUGUCAUGAUUUUAUCUUUAUCAAUAUUAAAGUGUUACAGAUGGCUGAAGUUUCUUAGGCUGUAAAAUGAAAUGUUUCACUUCUAGAAGUGUUUAGAAAGGGCUGGUAUGUGUACAAGCACAUGCAUUUUACAGUUAUUUUUCAUGUCCAUGUUUUAUUCAUGUAAACAAUAACUCAGUGGAGUGUUUUUAUCAUGUUUCUAUACCGGAGUUUAAAGUACACAACAACUAAAAUGUUUCAGUUUAAUGGCAGAAAUAA